CAUCCUUCAUUACAUACACUUUCAUACAUCAUAUAUCAUAUAUCAAAGUUUCCACAAACUUUUAUUCACACAUUUCAACAACGUCAAUAACAAGCACCGACAAUGGCUCGAGGAACACCUUCGGAAGCAGAAGUAGUAGACACGCUCUCACACCUCAAACUCAGCACCACCACCCCAGAAAAGCCAGCCGCAAAACCAAAAUCCAAACCCGUCGCCGACUCAUGGGACGAUGACGCCUCGAGCGGCUCCGAAACCGAAACUGAAGAAGGCUCGUCCUCGCUGCCGUCCUCCGUCUCGCGCUCCAGCACAACAGACAAUAAUCCUCUAUCGCCCGUUUCUAGCACAACUUCGGCCGCAGACAUGCCGUGUCCGCCGCCACCCACUCCCGCCAGCCCCGUGUCGUUCGACUACCCCGACAAUUCACCGUAUCCGGUCAUGGGAGCAAGUGAUGGGGUGAGAGGAAGGGGUGGCAGCGGGAGUGCGGGAGGGUUCGACAAGAGGCCUGAAAAGACGACAGCGGUGGCAGGGAGGUUGAUUGCGGGGGCUUUGGGGGUGAGAGCACCUAAAAGAACAGCAGAGGAGAGGGAGUAUGAUCGUGUGAUGCGGGAAAAGGAACGGAAGAGGAGAGACGAGGAAAGGAAUAGGGAAAAGGCGGAACAGCAGGCUGCCGAAGAGCGGAAGAGAUCUAUCUGGGAGGAUUAA